CAGCAUAGCGGAGGGUUACAGCUGCAUAGACGGAGUAAAUGGCCUGUUAGGAGUCACUUGGGAGAAAGUGAUCGCUGGAGGUGGAAUGACAGAAGAGAGAGUGACCGAAUGCGUAAGGAGCACUCAGCAGGCAGACCCCAGCCAAGCAGCCUGACUGAUGAAUCUUAACCGCAGAGUACCACAAAGGCAGGUCAAUACUCUUACUGCAGAGUGAAGAUUUUCUCAGAAAGCUUCCAACAAAGCUUGCUCUGCGGCGUAUGUAGUGAGCCAGCCAGCCGAGAGACUGGCGGAGGAAUAUGAAGCUUCUGCAUGCGGCAGCUCCUGCUUAGUCAUCCAGUGCCAGGUGUGUGGGGCCGGUGGUGGUACUCAGGAUCCGGAGGCCCACGCCCAAUCACGAAAGGAACACGAGGUGGCUCUGGACCAAUGAUGGAGAGCUCAGGAGGGACACACCUCAACACAUCGGCAGUGACUUCUAAGGUGGGAAUUGCCCGGAUGUUGCAGGCAGCCUUUGGUUGUGCAACGUUCAGCCUCGUGGCCCACCGAGGAGGAUUCAACGUGGCCUAUGGCACCUUCUGCAUGUCUGUCUGGUGUUUCUGUUUUGCCAUCACAAUCUUCAUCAUCAUUUGUGAGUUCACCCUCUUUCACAGAUGUCUAACCAUCUCCUGGGGGAACUUCACGGCAGCUUUUGCCAUGCUGGCCACUCUCAUGUCCCUUACAGCUGCAGUGAUCUACCCGCUGUACAUCCCCUUCAGCUGCCAUUCCAGUGGAUGUGAGGUGAGAGACUUCCGCAUCUCUGCCAGUGUUUUUGCCGGCCUUCUGUUUUUUGCAUAUGCUAUGGAGGUAUUUUUCACUAGGGCCAAGCCAGGACAAGUAACCAAUUACAUGGCCACAGUGUCUGGCCUCCUGAAAAUUGUCCAGGCUUUUGUGGCUUGCAUCAUCUUUGGAGCUCUGGUGAAUGGCAGCCAGUACAAUAAGUACGCAGCCACACAAUGGUGUGUGGCGGUUUACAGCUUCUGUUUUGCCGUGACUGUGGUGGUGGUUGUGCUCAGUGUCACAGGAAGAACAGCAAUGAUGAAGUGCCCCUUUGAGCGCUUUGUGGUCAUUUACACAUUUCUGGCGGUCCUGAUGUAUGUAAGUGCUGCGGUGAUCUGGCCUGUGUUCUGCUUUGAUCGUAAAUAUGGCUCUCCGCAUCGUCCAUAUCAAUGCUCCAGAGGUUCCUGCCCCUGGGACAGCCAGGUGGUCAUUGCAGUGUUCACAUAUAUAAAUCUAGUGCUUUACAUUGUGGAUUUAGCCUACUCGCAACGUAUCCGCUUUGUCUCACAUCCUUAAUACCCAAUCCUGGUGCCAUAAAAAUCUUAAUGGAUUCCAAUGUCAAUUUGCUGAAAAGGAUGACAAUUAAUCGUGCUCCAAACAGAAUAGUUAAGAAGAAAGGUGUACUGGGGUCAUUUGGUACCAGAUAAGAAGAAAUGACUUUUUCUAGCCCAUAGAUACAAUAUUGUUGCCUUUCUAAUGAGGAUGUAGGCAUGCAGCUAUAGUGGCUGUACAGGCCAACGUGUUCUCUAGCAAUAGGUUUGGAUCCUUAAUGUGUAUCUAAGAAUUGCUGUUUAGUGUAGAGUUGCAUCAGGUAUAGAAAAGCAUACAUGUUAAUAAGAAUGUUUUUUAAAAACGGGAUUUUCCCUCAAAUUGAUUUGUAAGCCUGGUAGAUUUUGCAAGAAACUUCUGCUGACUUGAAUCCCAUGUGAAACAAAAGGUAGGACAUUAAAUUAAUAAAGAGAGAGAGAUUUUAAAGGGAAGAGAAGAAAGAUUAGAAGAAUAGUUAAAAUUGCAGAUCAAAAACAUCAUCCCAAACAUGGCAAGAGUAACAAUUUCCUUAGCAUAUAUAUAGUUUGAGAAGUAAAGUGAAUGCCACCAAGUUUCUUACUGAGAAUAGAGCAGGAAAGAUUGCUAUAGCCUACCGAAAAGCUGCAUCCAGUUUGGUUUCCUCAAGGUUCCUUCAAGACAUAUCUGGAGAUGCUUCAGUGCCUACAUUCAAGACAUUCAGCUUUGAACCAAAGCCAAACUUUUGAACCAAAGUAUAUUAUUUUUUAGACAAUUUGUUGUGGAUGUUGUGUUUGCAAGAGUUUGCCAGAGUUUGCAAGAGUUAGACAGUAGGCAUCAUUUAGUUCAUUAAGAACUUUGGCAUCAUACAAACCACCCAUUACUUCACAAUUCAGAACAUGGCUUAAGUUGUGGCGGACUUCUGCAAUGCAAAGAACACAAAUUUAACAUUUUCAUAAGUCUAAUUGAAUACCUGUUGCCAGUCUUGACUCCAAGAUGUGCUGAUUCCAGAAGAGAAGAAAGCUACUUGACAUUGUGGUGUGCAUAAAGGGAGAAGAAGGGAGCUUGUUUGUUUCCUGCAGUAUGGACCAGGAUUUUCAUCAUAUUAUUCAAAGCCAUUUUCAAAUAUAAUAAACCAAAGCAUGUUGUUGAUUCAAAUAGGUUCUAUUAAAGGUAUGCAAACUGAGUAGAAAAGUCUUAUUCCAAUUCUAAAUAAAAUGUCUGAUUGACAAAGG